AUGUCCUCCGCCGUAGACGGGGAUGGGCGGCCUCGUCGACGAUUGGUCAUAAACUCUGCGCAGGAGUGGCUCGGUGGCAUGCGCAUCUUGGUCUCUCCCUCCUCCCUGCGCUCAACACCGAUUCUCUUGAGAACAUAUAUCCUCACUUCCAGAUCGUUUACGCACAACGCAUCCAGCCCAAGAGUCGCAACUCCACCACUACGACAUCACAUACGCAGGUAUACCAUGGCCGAAAACAACAGCAACAUUGGAGCACGCGACGUAUCGAACAUGUCGGACAUCUCAAAGUCCAAGAUGGAAAAAGACGGUAGCUACAACCGUCGUCCGUCGUCGUUUCGUAACUGGAUCGAAAAGGGCGGCAAGUAUGAGCCUGAAGCGGGUCGCUAUCAUUUGAUUGUCUCUUACGCCUGUCCAUGGGCUCAUCGUACACUCAUCACGCGAAAACUCAAGGGACUGGAAGAUAUUGUCUCCCUGAGUGUUGUAUCUCCCCACAUGGGCUCCAACGGUUGGCCAUUCAAGAACGCGGACGAGUUCCCUGGCGCGACAGACGAUGGAGGGAUCAUGGGUGCGCAGCACGUCAAGGACAUCUAUCUCAAAGUACAACCCGAAUACGAUGGAAAGUUCACCGUGCCCGUCCUCUUCGACACCAAGUCUCAGUCCAUCGUCAACAAUGAAUCCUCUGAGAUUCUCCGCAUGUUUAACACGGCCUUUAAUGAUAUGAUCGCCCCCGAACAAGCCAGUCUCGACCUCUACCCAGAGAAUCUGCGAGACGAAAUCGAAAAGUCGCACGAAUGGGUGUACCCAACCAUCAACAAUGGCGUCUACCGCUCCGGCUUUGCAACCUCUCAAUCGGCAUAUGAAGAUGCCGUGACCAAACUCUUCGACUCGCUCGACCGAGUCGAAAAGAUUUUCGAAUCCCAAAAGUCGCAAAACGCAAACUCCAAGGGCGAAUACUUCCUCAUCAGUGACAGGCUCACGGAAUCGGAUAUUCGAUUGUACGACAAUUUCUACCACGGCCAUUUCAAGUGCAACUAUCGCACCAUCCGUGAUGGGUACCCGCUCAUCCACAAGUGGUUGCAAAACCUGUACUGGAACUAUCCUGCGUUCAAGGAUACGACCGAUUUCGAGCACAUCAAAACGCACUAUUACUGGUCGCAUCCACACAUCAACCCGACCCGCGUCAUUCCGCUGGGUCCGAUUCCAAACAUUCGUCCUCUCGAUUCAUAG